CGCGAAUUUUAGUUGCUGCGGGACCUGGCUACAGCCCAAAAUUGUUUCUCGAAACUAGUAGAUGUAGAUGGGAAAACAUCCACUGGAACUCGACCUAGCAUUUGGUAUACCACUACCACAUCAAGAGCAGCUUUAUGUACGAGAUACGUAGUUAGAGAUCGAUAAGGAGUAGAAAAUAUGGCGUCCUUUUCGGAAGAUGACGAUUUUUCUGUGGGCGAUGGCGAAGAGACGCCAUUCACGUUCACAGCAGCCGGCGCGAGGCCCAGUGCUACAUUCCGCUCGUUGGCGUCCCUUGACGGGACUUCGGGAAACACGAGCGCACUGCAUUGUGCUGCAAGCGCGGACGCGUUACCUGCGAAUCCUGGCAACCUCAUCUCUGCUUCAGUUUUUUCUGCCGCGGUUCCGGGAGCAGGAAUUGAACAACGAGAGCAAGCUGUGGAUUCUUCAUUGGUGCCGCGACUGCUGCCGCCCCGACCUGUGACCAUUGCGCCGAUUACCGCCCCCGCGAUUGGUACAUCACAGCAGUUGAGACCGCCGGUUGUACGUCUGGCAUCCUCGCCGGCCGGAGGAGUACUUGGGCACUCGUCGGGAUACCGCAACAAUUUCGCAGCCUCGUCUCCGGGUCCCGGUUUUCCGCCAGACACUUUGGAAUUCAGUGUGUCUCCUGGGCCAAAUAACGAAGUCUCGCAGUCACAUGUCGUGCCGCCGUCCUCCAGUGCGGGUUCGACCCCUUUGCAAGAGAUGGAGAUCCAAGUGCAGCAGUCGAAAACGUCGUCUGAAAAUUCGGCGAAGCCCCCGAAACUUCUGCUUGCCUCACCCAUGGUGUUCCGGAGUGUGGACAAGCAGAGUCCGCCGAGCGCCAUGAGCAGCAGUGUGGCGGUGUCGUCCGCUGGAAAAAUGAAGAAACCCGCCUACACGACAACCGGAAAGCUGGUCGUGGAAAUGCCGCCACUGCACGUAGCGCUGGGUGGGAUGCCUCCUGUGAACGCUGCAGCAACCAGCUCCUCUUCGAGAAGCAAAAGCACGCCGUCGCCAGGCGUAGGUGGUGCUGCUUUUUUACCGGUGUUUGGAGCUGUUCCUUCGCCAGGUGUUGAAGGGGCAAAUCCAAAUGUGCUUCACUCCGACCUCAUGUCGUCGAUCCACCCGAGCCCGGGCCCAUCACCAGCGAAACCAGUCGGUGCCGGCCACCCGUUAGAGCAUCAGUCGCAUCAAAUAAUGCCGCCCCCGAGCCCCCCGGUUUUCGUCACGCGGUCCAAGCCCACCUCCACGUCGUCAAGGCUUGGGACGCCCCUGGAACUGAGCACAUCCGGAAAUAGAAACCCAAUGGUGCGAGGGUCGCCGCUCUGGAAUACUAACGCAGGCGGGUUGCUGCAGCGUCCACCGUUGCAGGCACUCUCUUCCCCAAUUGCUGCAUCACCCUUGCUUUUCAUGCCCGAGCCACCGGAGUUGCUGGGAACUUCUGCGGCCGAGAAUUCCUCCGCAUCUCCUCGGGGUGAAACUGCAAAGCCUUCAGCACCGCCAAUGUCGGGAGCGACAUCUUCUUCAUCACCUCCCAUGGUCGUUGAUCUCGAAGAUGCACAUCAUGCGGUAGCGAAAAUCAAACCGAAAAGGCCGUCCGCGGCAAGCAAAGGUGGAAAUCAAGCUGCGAACGCCCCAUCAAACAACUCCGCAACUGUGUCUACGACAGCGGAACAAGCGCAACAAGGGCAAGCGAAAACUGGCGAUGCUUCCAGCUCGCCGUCUGCAGUUGAACCAGCGCUAGGAGAAAGGGAGAAUUCUGCCGCAGCGCCGCGCGCAAAAAGCCUGAACGUCGUUGCCAUCGGAGGUUUUACGCUGGGCACCGCAAAUUUCUCAGCCGGCCAACAAGAAAAAAAACCGAUCACAUCAGAUCGACCUUCGGAUCGUGUUUCACUCGCCUCCGGCUCCCCACCCGCACCGAGUGGCAUCGCUCCAGCUGCUGUUGAUGCUAGUGGAAUAGAAAACAAAAAAGGCACCGCUGGCUCGCCCAAUGUUCUCACGCCCGUAAACUUGAACAAUGCUUUUGUGACAUCCGCACUGGCACUAAACACUGGCGGGUCCACUUCUGCCACGGGAGCUCAGCACCGCGCCAUGCUCUCUGCGUCGCCAGCUUUACCGCCAGAGAGACGAUUGAACGAGGCCAGCAGCACCUAUGCCACCAACGCCAAGUACCUCAUCGACUACAUCGGGGAUCGGUCGCCGCAAAACCAAAAUCGGAGCGCUAGUAUCACGGCACCGGUGAACAUCUUCAGUUCCGGGGGCCUAAAAAAACCGGCCGGUAUCGUGUUUCCCGAGUAUCACACCGCGGCAAAUGCGUCGAAGCUGCAAGCCUACCCGUUUCACUCCUCCACCGCAGUUGUGCCUGGCACCGUCGCACUGCCAGGAGAGGAAGUGUUGCAGCAGGUGGCUGCGGCGUCGGCCGAGCGACGUGGGCAGGGUGGUCUUAACAUCAAGAAUACCGUGAUGAAAAUGCCGUCGCCGGUGCUCGGAGGGAACGUCAUGGCGGAUGGAAUCACCACAGGACACGGUUCGCACCAGCACCCGCAUGUGCAGUACGACCUGGCGCUUUCACGGACUAAACCGGACCAGUUUAUUUCUCGAAGUUCAGGGAGCGCGGGCGCGGCGCAGCAGAAUUCCGUGGGCAGCAGAUCUAGUGUGCGAUCAGGCGGGGUGAGGAAUUCGGUUUCCUCGUGGACAGCGAACGAGAAAGCGAAAUACCGAGACACGCUUCUGGAGCGCAUCGACAAGUUGAGAAGUUCGGCCCAGAGUGUAGCAAAACACCAAAACCAGAUGAUAAGGAAGGAAGAGCGACGGGCGCUGGUAAACACGAAAGUUUGUGACUUCUUGUUCACGAGGACCCAUUGUGUGACACCGUGCGUAGUUUUAUCUGAAAGAAAGUGAAGCCUUCAAGUGUCACAGCAUUGAGUAGUUCAGUUGACAGGAAGAGGAACGCGUGCGUUUUAGUUUCUGCUUCUUCUACAUGCGCUUGCGCUAAGGGUUGUGAGCAUUUGUUUUGUAUCUUUCAGGUCACCACGAAGACCGGGAAGCAGCAGCUGCAGGAGCAAUACAAUGCAACGCUUCGAUCCAUCGAGCUGCGGCGCGAGGCACUUCUGCAGAAGAUUUCGUAAGGGGUCGGCGAUACGCUGGCACAACGAGAAGAUAUCGCUGCUUCUAAUCAUGGAUUGGUGAACCUAUCAUGACGCUUGCUGGGUUUUUUUUCUAAUGUCUUAGGGACAAAGAGGUAGCGCUGUCUUGUCCUCCGCACCGGGAUCGGCUACAGAAGAAGAUGAAGACCAGUUUCUUGAUGCAUACUGUAAACACAACAUGCAGAACGGACUCGUAUUUUGAUUUUUCGAGAUGAAGUACGAACUGAUGGUGAUGUUCAGUGAGUAGCACUGACAUUGCAUCAAUUGAUUUUUGUUGCUCUUGUUCAAUGAGUUUGGCUUUAGGGCAGGGGCGGUGGCACAAAAAAUGGCGGGAUCUUUUCAGCGAAUGGGGG